AUGAGCUCGAGACUAGCUAGUGUCAGCGAGUCCGGGACGGACACGAAUGAGUGUGGAGAUGGUGCGGAUGCUGCUACGUCCCUGCUCAAAUCAAAUGAUGGAGAACGAACGGUCCAGAAGGAAGCCGCCAGCGUCAGCGAUGCAAAUAUCGUUGAUAGUGUCAGUUCACCGACUGCAAGCAUGUCUCCGUUGCGUCGAGGGCUAAUCGUGCUGGGCCUCUGCUUGACAGUGGCGAGCAGUUGCAUUCAGGGAACGUUCGGCCCGUUCUACUUCAGAGAUGCUCUGGAGAAGAACCCUGGCGCUGGGCCGGGAUAUCAUACUGCAGUUGGCGCAGUGUUCAGUGUGACUGGCGCAACGAGCCUGGUCGUGGCACCAGUGGUCACUCGCGUCCUGCGCGACGUUGGCAGCAAGCAACUGCUGGUGAUAGCGUCGGCCACACGAAGUGCAGCGUCUCUUCUAUUCUCUACCCUGAACAGCAUAGGAGACUGGAGGGUGUUUCUGACCUAUUCCUACAUACUGCGAUUCAUCCAGGGGUUUGGACUGCUUGCAAUCACAAUACCCACCAUGACAUACCUGACUCGCAUGUAUCCCCACAACCUGGGCUUCGUCAACAGCUGGCUGAUCAUCAGCAUGUCGAUGGGAAAGGCGGCCGGGCUCGUUCUCUCCGGAGGCCUGUACGAUGUGGGAGGCUUCAAGCUACCCUUCCUGGUGACGGGAGCCACGGGAUUACUUGUAUCGCUGUGCGUUGCCUUGUUCAUAGUAGACAUUGAUAAGCUAGCAAUGGAGCAGAAGCUCCAGCAGCAGCAGCAGCAGCAGCAGAAACAACAGGAGAGCAACAACGGCAGCACUGGCACUGCAGCCGUGCCCGAGAAACACGUCAGUACGUUGAGGAUACUCUGCGUACCCUGGGUCUGGGUGAUAUGCCUGUUUGCCGUGUCCUCGGCACCGGCCUACAGUAGCUUGGAGGCCCUGCUGGCUCCGCACGUGAAGUCGCAGUUUGGCGCGAGUGCAGUCGUCAUUGGUGCUGCGCUCGCACUCUUCCUGACGCAGAGUCUGAUCUUCGGGCCGAUUCUUGGCGGGCUGUUGGACAGGGGUUUCAGCCGCUAUGCGUUGCUAGCCCUUGCUCUACUUCUAAUAGGCUUGGGUUGUCUUAUAGUGGCACCGGCAACAUUUCUUCACCUGCCCAAUUCUCUAGUGCUGGUGUUCGUCUCCAUGUUCGUCUCAGGCGUAGGUCGUGUGCUCGGCAUUGUGACGUUUCCAGUGGUUCUUGCUGAACACCUGCGCGACAUCGGGUUUGGCAACGUGGUGGAGAUGCGCGUGGCCGUGUCCGGCCUGACCCGUGUCGUGCUGUCGCUGGGCUCGUCGGCCGGCCCGCUGGUGAUGAGCCCGCUGGUGGCCGUCCUGGGCUUUCAGACAGCCUUCACCAUCCUGGGCUGCAUCUACCUGGGCCUGGCUUGCCUGCUCGUCCUGGUGAAAUGGUCCGGUGUCGUAGUUAGGAAACUGAUUAAUCGUGACACACACAGUAGUACAGAUGAACAAGUUACUAGUACUGAGCUGCAGCCACUCAAACAUUGA